AUGUUAAAGAGUUUGUCGGGCAUUGUCCUGGAGAGCGAUAAGGAUGAUGAAAAGAUGAAGAGUCACCCGGUGCACAGUGUGGCUUACAAUGGCAUCAAUGGCAUCAUCUACAACAGCACCAUCCUGGCCACUGGUUGCUUCUCUGCCAGAGAACUGUGGAGACUCUCCAAAAGUGAGUCUGAUAUAGAAGCCUCUUACUCCAGGAUGGAAGAGAGAGAUCUUGAUGGAGCAAGAGAUAGGUGGAUAGAGAGAGAGCGAGCAUCCAUCAUGGCUAUGGGGAGUGGCGGCACAGGCGUCAACACCAUCAAGAUGGAGAACCCGACGUACUACACAACUUACACGUCCCCCGUACCUGACCACACACUCAUGGCAGGAGCGUACAGCACCUACAUGGAGCGAGCUGACAGUCCACUUUCUAUGGGGCGAACACACGACCCACACUCUCCACUGGAACCUCGUAGCAAGAGGGUCCGUCGUCUGAGUUCGGAAGAAGAUGCGUUGGACAAGGCAGAUUUGGCCUACUACACACAGUCUCCCGUAACUCUGUCAUCCCACACGUCUCCAUGGCACUCUGAUAUCGACCACGGUCCCCCAUCAGUGCACUCGCCUCAUCUGGUGCACAGUGGUGGUAAAGUAACAAUAGCAACAUCAGUGUUGCCGCCCAUGUCAUUAAGCAGUACAGUGAUGGCAGCAGCCCCAAGUUAUUAUCACGAGGCAGGUCCACCUUCACCCACUAAAUACCACGAAAAUGGUCAUGACACGUUUUCUGAUUUUGUCACGCUCGUCUGUCAGGAAGCCCAGAACACGCAACAUACUCAGCACUGCCAACCUCUCAUCCUACACGACUAUGAUUAUCAGAAGCAAGCAUCUCCGCCUGGUGUUGCUCGCAGUCCAACAAAAAUCCAGGGAGGUUAUUAUACAACUGGUUCAAUGCUUCCUCCACCACCCCCUCCGCCCAUGGCCAGACCUGUAGCCAUCAUCAGGUCCACAGCUGACCUGGCACACAGUGGGAGUGUGUCACCAGGUCCAGUGUCACCUCCACACUCAGCCGCUGGUAGUAGUGGGGGUAAUGGCUCGUCUAUCCUACCCGACGUGUCUCCACCCGACCGCAGAGAUGACGGCCUCAGUCCACCUCCCCCGGCCACGUCCGCGCCGCCCGUCUCGCAGAUGUUUGUGUGUGGCGCUAGCUUUGGAGGUGUGCGUAUGUAUCAACAGGACGGUCCACUGAGGUUAGCCAUCACCAGCCGCCACGACCCUCCCUCUCACACCCCUCACCACCACCACCAUCACCAGCAUGGACAGGAACGGAACCCAAUCAUAACCCGGGGACCCCCCAGUACAGUGAAUUGUAAGAAUAAGCUAUUUACAUACUCAAGUAUGAGCCCAGUAAGUGGCAUGUCGGGAGUUAUUUCACCCACGAGUAUGAGCCUGUUCACAUCCCCCGGCACCACACCCCGCACCACGCCCCGGUCAACGCCCCCGGUGCCACGGUGGAAUACUCCCUUCAUCAACCUGGACGAGAACAUGGACUACACCACCAUGUCCACUCUGAUGCCCACACUACCAGCUGAUGCCACCUCAGCUCAGCUCAUAGAAGAUGAGCGGUACUUUACAACAGUAGUUCACAGUGGAGAUGCAGCGGCUGCCGCAGCAACUGGAGGACCGCAGGCAGCAUCAUCAGCAGGUACGGGUCCACCACCUGCCCUAGACACCAGUCCAGGGGGUCACCCGGGUGCCCCUCACACACCCACCAAGACACAGUCCUCAUAACCAGGCCAGAUAAUAGCUGAGUGGGUCAUCUCUCAUCUUGGGAACAGUUGGGUCAGAUACAAGCUGGUGGCAGAUGGUGUUGAUGAAAACCAUGUGAAAUUAUCUGAAAAAUUAGAAGUGUUAAACUGAAGACAAAAAAGAUUCAUGUGCCAAAUAUAAACCAAAAUGAAAUACUUCAGGACAAAUACUGGAAAAAUAUUCCUUUAUCUUGCUGUCAAUUUAUCCUUCGUAGACUUGCAUCUAUACUAGGCACACUUGUCCUAGGUCUGCAUGGCAAAGCUCAUGCAUGAUUUUAGGUUUCAUAGCCAGCAUAGUGUAAGUGAAGUAUGAAGUGGACACCAGACAUCUAUUAAAUGAAUCACAGUGCCAGCAAAGCAACAUGCAAUAAGUAAUGUAAGUGCUUAAUAGCUUUUUGCAAAGUGAGUAGAGUUCAUGGUUGUGCAUUUUUAGUAUCAGAAGAGUUCUUCCCAUUUAUUUUACAUCUGUAUCUAGUUAACCUAAUGGGAUCAGAUGAAGUAUUCUGCUGUGAGCUCAUGCCAGGUGGACCAAGUUCAGAUGUGUUCAGAAAAGGCCUUUUUUCUGAAGAGUACCAAGUUACUUCGUGCACAGCUGAGAUUUCUUCAAGGAGAUGCAGAGUUAAAGUGUACUCCAGAAGAGAUCAUUCUAAGGGUGCAGAGUUACACAGUGCUCAGAAGGUCAUUCAUGGGGUACAGAGUGAACUUGUGCUCAGGUCAUUCAAAGGAGUACAAAAUCAUUCACUACUCAGAAGGUGGUCAUUCUAGGGGUACAAACUUAUGCAAUGUGCAGGGUUGUCAUUCACAUAGGUAUGAUAAACUUUCAAUUCUGGUUUGUUAGGAGUGAAGUCAUUUCAUGUUUUUGGAUAACUAGCUUGCAAGUACCCAAAUCUUGAGCAUUGUAUUCAAGGGCUGUUAAGGUACUUGAAUCUUGUCCACUGUCAAAAUCAGAGUAAUUUUCAUGUUUAUAACCCAAAUGGAAUGUUUGUGACAGGUGUUGAAGCUUUGUGUUACAUGCAUUUGAUGCCUCUGUAACUAUGGCCCUCACACCUGUCAAGUAUACUUUUUAGUGGAAUAAGGUGCCUCGGGCUUUGUUAAUAAUAUUUAGUUACAGAACCGGCACUCCUGUUUGUCACUACGAUUCACUUUUGAAAAAUGGUUUUGUCAAUUUAGUGUGUAUUGGGUGAUAAAAUUUACAGGUGAAUGACACUAAAAAUACUGUGCAAGAUUUGACCUAUAUUACCUGAGCUACUUUCGUAACAAAACUUCUCUGAAGCCUUGCCUUGUAGAUUAUAAAUAACAUAGCAAUACUGAAUUGUAAAUGUGCUAUUAGUGUAAAUAACCUCAUUUCUGGUGCCAUAGAUGUAUUGGUUAAGGGAAUAGUGAGUGUGAGGAAGGCUUCAGUGUCUAUCCACGGCCCAGAGCACUAAAGGUUCCACGUCCUAGUCACUCUGGCUGUGAGUUAGGGAUAGCUCAAAUUCAUGUGCCAAAACCAUGUCCAAAAUGCUAGGGGGUGUACCACAAAUUCUUAAACUAGAGCCAAGUUCAGGUGGUUAAUAUGAAUUGUCUCGUAUGUAGAGGAAAGUUGCAAUUUAAAUGUGGUGCUUUGUCCAAUAAUGAUCGUUACUACUGAAGAAGAAAGACGUUUUUCUACAUAGGAGGGUCUUCAGUUAGCAGGGAGAACUUGGUUACUGUAAAUUAUGCAAACACUGGGUGCCGCCGCCACAGUUGUGUAGCUCUGCGUGUUCUAGUUCCGUGCCUAGAGUGAUGCCUGCUAGUGUUUAGAUGUACGCAUGCUGUGAUACAUCAGGUAAUCGUAGAGUUGUAGAACCAUGACUUCCUGCGCGUAGAUAGGCAAUUUUUACAGAGCCACAGUUAGUAGAUAGUGUCUUUGGCAAACGUUCAACAAUUUUGUGUAGCACAAACAAUGCUUGCAGUAUCUAAGUCUGAAAGCGAAUGUAUUGCAUAUACUCUUUUGGAAACAUUCAAAAUAGUAUAUAGCAUUAGUUUUCUCAGUUUGGUGUUACAAGCACAUGCUCUGCUUCACAGAAUUAGAACUGUAGCCUUCGUAGUUUUAAGCGCAAGCACAUGAGAUUCUUGCAAAAGAGGUUUGCCUUUGUGGUAAUUAUUGAAGGAAAACCAGUAUUUCAAUUUCAUUUCAUCUUUUUGAUUAUACAAAUUAAAAGAGGUCUUUCACAUUAACCAUUUCAUCCAUAGUAAAUGCCAAAGCCCCAAAUUUAAUAAUUCUCACAGAAGCAUCCUCACUGUCUUCUGGGCAUCCACAACUAGCCAAAUGGACUAAGACUUGAAAGUUGCAGAAUAAUUUAAUUACCUCUUAAUCAAAUUAGUGUGAAUAAUGUGAUGUGGGCAGCAGAGUGAGUGUAGAUGAUGCAUCAAUAAAGUUUUACAAAGUAAAAUGUCAAACUCAUUGAGAUCAUCUUCAAGUCUUGUUAUUGCUGGCCACUUUGUCAUGUAUGAUGAGUCUUUCUGAGCCUUAGACAGAGUAUAAAUACUUGCCCAGUGUUUCAUUUAUUGCAUAAUAUUUAAUACCUUCAAGAGAAGGCUUUGAUUCAGGUUAUGGUGGUAUGGUGCAUUAUAUUAUAACAUCUGCUAUAUAAGAGUAAUUUUGUAUACUAAUAUAUUUAGAAAGUAUGAAUAAUAAUGUAUGGUUUAGUUAUGUAUCCAUCCUGUGUCUGAAGGUGAACUAACUGUUUAAGGAAUAAGAACAUCAUAAUAGUUAUUAGAUGGUGGUUAAGAUAUUCAUCCUUACAAAUGUGUAAAUAGAGGACUCUAGUUGCUUUAUUUUACUCCCAGACAAGUCCUGGUAUAUUUGUAGACCAAACAUUGACAUGGCUGAGUAUUUGUUUACCAGUACAGUAUGUGCAACCGUCCCAUUCCUCACAACAUUGACUGGAGAAUGAUAAUGAUUUGGUGUCUUACAGAUAAAUGUCUUCCUGCUGUUAGCCAAUGUCUUUACCAUUCACCAAGGAAUAUUUGGUAAUCUUUUAUAUAUAUAUAUAUAUAUAUAUAUAUAUAUAUAUAUAUAUAUAUAUAUAUAUAUAUAUAUAUAUAUAUAUAUAUAUAUAUAUAUAUAUAUAUAUAUAUAUAUAUAUAUAUAUAUAUACCAUGUAACAUGGCCAGGUACUACUGUUCCUUUACUUGCUCGAUGAAAUUUUAAAAGAGUAUAAUAAUUGCAUGUAAAGUUUUAAGUUAUUUCGGGUUGUCCUCACAGUCACACCAUCUUCUUUGCACUUCACAUGAGCUCUGAUUUUAUCUUCUUUUUUCUUUUUUUAUAGCAGCAGUUCUGCACCAAUUUCUUGGCUUCAUUGCUUGCCAAGGUACAUGAUUAAACCUUGUCACUGUUGUCAUAAGUCAGGGAACUGUAUGUGACUUUGGUCAUUGUGUGUGGCACAGUUUAAGUGUGGUUUUAGCCCUUGUUUUUAUUCCCUCGUGUAGUAAGAUCAUGAUGCCACUAAAGUAAGGCUUAAAAUAUGACAUGCUCAAAUUUUCAGCCAAGUCCCAAGAUAAAUUUUUCUAACAUAAGAUUGUGAGUUAACACACCUUCAUAUUGUCUCCCAUUGGCUGUGAGGGGACUGCUGAUGUAGUACCUCUCACUUAAUCUUGGGUUAAGGGAAAACUUGCAAAUAUUGGAUUUAAAGUCCAGAACAAUAAAAUAAACUGAAAAGUUGUUUUGCAGUGUAAAUGAUAGUACCGUGCAAGUUGCCCUCACAAGAAGCUUGGUUCAUGAAGUACCCUCAUAAAUACAUCUUCCACAACUGUAAUUAAAUCUUUAUCUAUGAAUUUUACCAAAAACUAGAUUCAUGUAAUGUCAUGUUAUUGAUGUACAAGAUGAAUGACAGUUCAAAAUUCUCCAGACACUUUACACCUGUCUGAAUAAUACUUAUUAUUUGUUAUAAUACAUUACAUAAUAUUUAGUACAUGUAGAGCCUAGCCAUGUGGUCAGUAAGAGCCUAACCAUGUGGUCAGUAAGAGCCUAGCCAUGUGGUCAGUAAGAGCCUAGCCAUGUGGUCAGUAAGAGCCUAGCCAUGUGGUCAGUAAGAGCCUAGCCAUGUGAUCAGUAAUAUUUAUCUGGACAUCAUGUGUGAUCAGUAGUGAUGCACUAAAGGGCAUAUAUACUCAUCGAGCCUAGUCAUGUUUGGUCACAAUAUGAAUAUGCAGCCACAUUUUGCAAUAUUAGCCUGUUAUAUGGACAAUAUGGUGGUCAAUUUUUGUCUAUACCCAGCAAGAAGCUACCUCUUCAAAGAAAUAUAAGCACAUGAAUUGUACAGAAAUUUUGUUACUAUAGAUAUGCAACUAUAGCAAUACAAACUUAAGGCUAUUAUGCUGUUGUGUUCUGCCCCUUCCACUGUCAGAGCUCUGUAUUAAUGUUUGGCCAAUUGUUGAGAUCUCUUCCAGUGCCAGAGCUGUACUGACAACUGGAGGAAACUGUGGUGCAACAUGUGUGUGUUUCAUACCAACUGCUGCUCAGUGUUUGGUGAUGUUAUGGGUGUUUUGUUGUGCACACUGUUACUCUUACCACAGUGGUCAGAGCUCACUAUGGGUAGAAAUGUGUUAUGAUUGUGAAGAGUAAUAUAUUGUAUUUUACUCCAUUGUUUAUAGCUGCCUCUUGUUUUCUAUUGUAUCAUAUUUCUCUUAUAUAAUUUAAAAAGUUUAUUAUUUGUUGUGUCUGAACCCUUUAUAUUUUUAUUAUUCAUUUUCUGUGUCACUGUUGUCACUCCUGAUAAAACUCUGGUGGUUGUGGUUUCCCUGCCAAAGCUUAACAUCAUAGUUUAUAUUACACUACCUAACAACAACACACACACACACACACGCACACACACACACACGCUCGUUGUGACAAAACUGUACAGUUAUGUAUCACACCCAUAGUGGACACAUUUUCUGCUGCAUGCAUAUAAUGAACUGCAGAUGUUGGGCACAAACUCAUUCUGCAUGAGGUCCUUUAUGACAUAAUGAAUACUCAUUGUAAUAUAUAGUGCAUGUAAUAAUGACAUUUUGAUGUAUUGUAAGAAUUCAUGGAAUCUCAGUCUUUGGUGAAAGCAAUGGAAAUGUUUUGAAGUAGUUUUCUAUGCAAUUUUACAACGAACUCAAGAUAUUUUACACUGGUCUCAAAGAAUUAAUGGCUGCUGGCACAACAUGGUCUUGUGAAACAGAGGUCUUGAGAAUGAUUUUAUUUUCUUCUAAAUUUCUUUUUUAUGAAUAAUGCCCAGGUAACAGUGCAGCCAAGAGAGGCGACUGUCGUGUGCUGGCCGACCCAUUAUGUGGUGACACGUACAAAGAUGUAAAAAAAUUUUUGCCAAAAUAGCUGUUACUUUGCCAAUCAAAAUGGUCACAACAAACAACUAGUAGAGAUGGAUAGCAAUAAUAAGCUAGUGAUAAAGUGUUCUAUUGUUGAUGACAAUAAGGGAAGGUUUGAUAGUGUUUGUGUUCCUGUGGUUAAGUUAGGGAAAAUACUAAAUAAUAAUAGUUCACAAUACCGCUCAACAGCACUGUAUAUAAGGCUUCACACUGGGAUGCAAGUUGCCUCCUUUGAAAGAAAUGUUUUUAUAGUAUUUAUAGAUCCAUUUGUAACGUAGACAUCCAAAUGUUUUGCGUACUAAUUUUUUACCUACUACAGUACGUAUGUACCUAGCUAUGCAACGUUAAAGGUUCUAGCUACUGUAGCAUGCCUGAGGCUUCUCUCCUAUCUGGCUCCCAACAGCUGAUAGAUGAGCAACUCUGCAAUAAAGAUUUGUAUUGGCUGACAUACACCAAGUAUGAUGCCUCUGGCUGACAUACACCAAGUAUGAUGCCUCUGGCUGACAUACACCAAGUAUGAUGCCUCUGGCUGACAUACACCAAGUAUGAUGCCUCUGGCUGACAUACACCAAGUAUGAUGCCUCUGGCUGACAUACACCAAGUAUGAUGCCUCUGGCUGACAUACACCAAGUAUGAUGCCUCUGGUUGACAUACACCAAGUAUGAUGCCUCUGGUUGACAUACACCAAGUAUGAUGCCUCUGGCUGACAUACACCUAGUAUGAUGCCUCUGGCUGACAUACACCAAGUAUGAUGCCUCUGGUGACAUACACCAAGUAUGAUGCCUCUGGCUGACAUACACCAAGUAUGAUGCCUCUGGUUGACAUACACCUGGUAUGAUGCCUCUGGCUGACAUACACCAAGUAUGAUGCCUCUGGUUGACAUACACCUGGUAUGAUGCCUCUGGUUGACAUACACCUGGUAUGAUGCCUCUGGUUGACAUACACCUGGUAUGAUGCCUCUGGCUGACAUACACCAAGUAUGAUGCCUCUGGCUGACAUACACCAGGUAUGAUGCCUCUGGUUGACAUACACCUGGUAUGAUGCCUCUGGUUGAUGUACAUCGGGUAUAACACCUCUGUGUUGUGAUCCACCAUCUUGCUAGUCUUAGCCUCAGUCAAUAAUAUCACACAUUGGAUGAUGCUCUUGGAGUGUCAGAAAACAAUUUGUUAAAUAUGAAAUCAUUCAGGGGUUUUACUCAUAUACUGUUACUGUACGGUGACAUUGUUUGAAAUGUGAUGAAUGUGGCUACAUUUUGCUGUCAGCUGUUGUGAGGCGUUAGAAGGAAAUGACUCGGCAGUGCUGCCCGUCCGCCAAAUCUGUUAAGUGAUUCUCUAUUUUGAGGUCAAACUGGACUGUGAUGAGUUUCUCUACCUUCCCCUUUCCCCCUGCAGGGCACAGUGAGUAUAAUCCUGCAGCACAAAUGGAAAACCUUAACUUAUCACAUGCCAAAACUCUCCUCACUCAGAAUGUCACUUUGCAAAUGCAAUGCUCGUCUUCCUUGCAAUAUGAAGGAACUGUAAGGUUAGCCUGAAGCAAUAUUAUGUUCUUGUUAUCGCUUGUGAACUUGAGUUAGUCGCCGGUGGUAUGCGGCCAUGUUGACUGUAUAUAGAAAGAAUUAUGAUGUACAGGUUUAUUUUCUUUAGUUAAGUCAAGAUGUAGCGUAUUUACUCCGUUAUCCUUGUUUGUGGGUCUGUUUCUCCCCCGACUGUUGAUUUUAGGUAAUAUUAUUGACAAGCCCACACAGAAGGGGCUGUUUGGUGGGCUCAACCUCUGUCUAAAUCUUCUAGAAAAAAUAAAAAUUAUGUGUAACAACAAACUAUAAUUAGCUUAACACUUACUCUAAACUCUAUAAAUUGAUGAUAAUUAAUUGUAAGGGAUUGUUAACUCUAAGUGGCUGCUGCUGUAGUACACACUGUGUUAUUUUGUUAGUAUUUGAGAAACGUCACUAUGCACCACAGAGGAUACUUAAGCCGCCAACUGUUCCAUUUCCGGUAGUCUACCCUACACGUGGAGUCUUGCUUGUUGUAUCCACCGUUCAUAUCUUAAAGGGAUAUAUUCAAUCAAGAGUUUCAUGGCCUUUUGAUGGGUAGAGUCUUUUGUUGUGUAGAUAAGUCGUUGCUUGACAUUGACAAGUUUGUAUUGUGACAAACUGCAUUAUAAUAAUAAUAUUAAUAAUAAUAAUAAUAAUAAUAAUGAAUCUAAAGUGGAAGUCAUUUGUUAUUGCAUUGUCCAAUUUUGAUAGGAAUAACCUGUUGGCUUUAGUUAAAUAUUUGCUAAAUAAGUAUGUUCUGUAAGAGUGAAGUAUAUUAUAAGUAAGUUAUGGUGUUAAAAAGUUAAGAGAUGAGUUUGUAAAGAGUAUCCUAAUUGUAAUAAUAAUCAUACCCAGUUUAAGUUAGACAAAAGUUGCUAUACCCUCUAACUUUACUAUACUAUUAAAGCUAGUGAUAUUAUCUGGUACAGUACAGUACACAGUUAGCUGUCUCAUGGUCUUUUAAGGUGUUGAUGCUCCUCAACAUCUGUCACUUGAUAACCACAUGUAAGCAGCCGUGGGAAUAUGUCAUCACAUUUCCAAUAUUUUGCGCCCAUCUAUAUAAAGUUUUUCAAUUGUAUUUUUAUGUGAAUUACGUAAUGUCUUCCUAAAACUAAUGGAAAUAUUUAUAAACAAGUUGGCUCUAAAAAUUACUUAAAAGUUAAAGUACAGUAUUUAUACUAAGGGUGGAACUUUCUAGAGAACUGCACUGUGCAAUAUUAACCAAAUAAUAACCACUUGCAAGCUACAAGGCAUAAUAAGGUUGCCAUUAACCAAUUAAUUACAGGUUGUUGGAUCCUGGAGACCAUCAACCAAUCAAACAUUAGGAAGUACAAGUCAAAUUUGCUGCCACAGGUUCAACAUUUUUGUCAUAAUAAAAAACUUCUCAUGACUCUCUCAUUGAACACCUUAACGGUUAAUUGAAAAUGUGUCUCGUGUACUUGUACAGACAAUAUAUUACAACAAAAUUCAUCUUUCUCUUUGGAUGCUGACAGAUAAAAUCUUUAAAUGUGAUACACAGUACAUGAGCUAAUAAACUGAGGCAUCAAUUAAAAUGAGCAACACAACAUAUAACCAAAAGGCAGCUGAGAUACCUAACAUCUUAUGCUUGGGAAAAUACUGUGUAAAAUAACUUGGGCACAGAGUAACUUCCUUGUGAAACUUGGUUGGUUGAUCCACUGUCAACAUAGAGGCAAAACCCAUACUUCUUCUGACUUAGUUCCUCGAAGAUGUUUUAAGAUGGAACAGAUGAAAGUUAUUGUUAUUUUUAAUAUGUUGAGUCAAUGAUGUUAAUUAAUUAUUUAAGUAAUGCAUGAUCUUGGACUCAGAAGGACCAAAUCUUUGUUUUAUUUCAAUUUGAUUAAUUUACUACAGUAGGUGUAGAAUAAUAAUGCCAUCCAGUUAACAAGUAUAUAUAUAUGUAUAACUAGUAUGACAAAUUCACACUUAGCUACAAAUGACCCAAAAGUGGUGCUACGUUGUCCUGACACAGCAGCUGGACGAUGAUCAUGAAGAUGGUUGUGCACAAGUACAGAUUUCAUUGUGCAUAACUUUUAUACUUUGAGAGAUGUCAUUUUGAAACUAGUGUGAAAAGUAUUAUUUUUAAACUUAUGACAAAAUCAGAUUUAAAGUAUUCUGGUACAGUAAUAACAUUAAAAAGAAAAAUAAUUUAAAGUACUGCCUUCCAUCUUACAGAUUAACACCCGGAUGUAACCAUAAAAACUGUAUAAUUAGCAUCAGAAAGCUUAUACAUUGCAUUUUCACAUUAGGAAAGAGAUAUGUUUUGAUGUAAGAUAUUAAUACACUCUAUGCAAGUUCCACCACUAGCCUGGGUUAAUGUCCUUGUUGAACUCUUAUGCAAUAUAUAUAAACUAGGAAGUGCCUCAAAACAAACUCGUAACCAAAAAGAAAGUCCCGGGACAUGAGAUUUCCGACUGUUACUCCACACAUCACAGAGUCAGAUGGGGCAGCUAAUGUAAACUUGUAUAAUACAUAGAAUAUAAAAUUAAUAUGGUUUAGGUAUUUUUAAGACGAUUGUCAUGUAUGAAGCUAAAAUAUGCAAUGGACCAUUUCUCAAAAGAGUUGUGACUAGUUGAACAAAGCCUCAAAGAUGUAUCUGUUUAUACUAGGGAGGCAAACCUGUUACAAGGUAAUAGGGCCAAGUGCUGUUAUUAUUUGUGAGGCAAAGCAUUGUGUCAUGAGGUCCAGUAAUGCUGAGGGUAUGGUAGGAGAGCCAGAUUUGUCCAACCUGGUCUAAAGAAAGCUUUAAAAAAGGUAGAUUCUGUAAAAUGAGUAAUGAAAUAUAGCUAACAAACCAU